AUGGAGAGCAUGAACAACUUUACUCAAAAUUAUGAGAGCUGCACUGAAGACCAAGAGGCAAUCAAUGAACUAAAAAAGCAGUGCUUGAGAUAGUAGAUCGAGAAAAACAGUCUGAGAUACAUCCUCUAAAAGAAUCUCAGAUUGGAAUUGUUUCACAUAUUCUAAAGCAAGUAUAGUGUGAUAACAUUUGAAUACAACUAGGUUAAUGAAGUAUUGUCUUUUAUCGACAUCCUCAUUGAUGACUUCAAUGUCUAGAACAUAUAUCUCAACUAUCCAAAAUAUCAAAUUGAUUACAAGAAAAUCGAAAUUUUAGUGAUCAAUGACCCAAAGAUAGUUAAUAUUUAGACGAUUUCUCUAGCAACUUUACUGCAGUAAUUAAAUCCAUAUUUCGAAGAGGAGAAGAUGUUUCUAACUUAAGUUACCUAAAUACUAAAAAAAUUUCUCAAUAAUUAGCCUUUUAAUGAUUAAGAAAAAUGUAUUGUGUCAUUAGAUAAACCCUUUGGAGGAAUAGACAUCUAUUCACAGGAUGAAUUUCAAGACAUCUUCAACGAUCAGCACAAUUAUGAUUCUAAUCAAGUUUAGCAUUCAAAUAUUACUGAAUCAGUCAAAAGUAUUAUUGCAGAUAGUGUAACUGAUUAUUCCUUGAAUGAUGACACGAUAUCACUAGGGUAAAAUCCAGCUAUGAUUGUAGAUGACAUUCAGAAGUCAAUUCUGAAAGAUCAAAAGCAAAAGAAAAAGAAAAAUAAGAAAAAAAAGAAGAAGACUGGAUUGUAAUUAGAAGUUCAAAAUCCCAAAAAGCUUAUUAACUAAAAUUAGUAUGAGGGUUAGAUAGAGGAAAUUCAGCUCAAAUCGGAUGAGGAGGAUUUUAUUCCUACAAACUCCUAAUCAGGUCAAAUCUUAUCUGAUAUAUUUAUGAAAUUGAGCAGUUAAAAUCUCAACAAUUAGGAUGAGAAUGUUUCAACUCAGCCCUUUUCGGACAAUUUAAUACAUCUAGAAUUAAAAAAAGUUCGUAACUCCCCUAUUAUAAGCUAGAUAAUCUUAGAACUCUAUCUCUAGUUAAUGGAAGCCAAAAAUGAAAAAAGUAAAGAAGCAUUAGCUAAAGAGGACAUUAUAACAGAACUAAGAUAAUAGAAACUUGAUAAUAUAUAGUAGAACUAAAGGAAUGAGGAACUGUUUGAAUAAUUGAGCUAGAAGAAAAAGGAUCUAAAAAGGAUUAAAAAAUAAGCUAAAGGGAAGAAAAAGUGUGAUUAGCUAGUAUAGACAGUAAAGCAGUAAUAAAAAAGUGAGAUUAGAAGUGUUACAAGUAAAGAUAUUUAAACAGACUUGAUGGGCUUGAGUUUGAAUGCAUAAGCAGACCAAUUCUUAGUUGGUAAUAAGUAAAGUUAGAUGAAUGAUUUGAAUUAAAUAAGCAAUAACAGUUAAGGAUAUAUAGAUGACAUUUUUCUUCUGGAUUUUAUAUAUCUAAGAUCUCUACAAGAAUAAAAUUUACACAAUAAAGCCAAUGUAACAUAUUUAUGA